GCAGUCACCGGGAUUGCGCUGCCCCUGAGACCUGCCUAGUCCUUCCUCUAUGUGCCCGGAGCGCAGUCCUGGCGCGUAGGGUCCGCUCGGCGGGGGCCUACGGGCAGCAUGGUGUGGGCUCGGGCGGCCCUCGGGCCCUGCGCGCUCUGGGGAGUCUUGUUGCUCGUGGCCCCCGCAGGGGCGCAGCGCGGCAGGAAGAAGGUCGUGCACGUGCUGGAGGGCGAGUCGGGCUCGGUGGUGGUGCAGACAGCGCCCGGGCAGGUAGUCAGCCACCGGGGUGGCACCAUCGUCUUGCCCUGCCGUUACCACUACGAGGCAACCGUCCACAGCCACGAAGGUGUCCGUCUCAAGUGGACUAAAGUGGUGGAGCCGCUGGCCUUUACCGAUGUCUUCGUGGCGCUGGGCCCCCAGCACCGGGCGUUUGGCAGCUACCGCGGGCGGGCCGAGCUGCAGGGUGAUGGUCCUGGGGACGCCUCCUUGGUUCUCCGAAACGUCACGCUGCAAGACUAUGGGCACUAUGAGUGCGAGGUCACCAACGAACUAGAGGAUGACACUGGCAUGGUCAAGCUGGACCUGGAAGGCGUGGUCUUCCCUUACCACCCCCGUGGAGGCCGCUACAAGCUGACUUUCACUGAGGCGCAGCGCGCCUGCGCUGAACAGGAUGGUAUCCUGGCGUCUGCCGAGCAGCUGCACGCGGCCUGGCGCGACGGCUUGGACUGGUGCAACGCGGGCUGGCUGCGCGAUGGCUCGGUUCAGUACCCGGUGAGCCAGCCCCGGGAGCCCUGCGGCGGCCUGCGCGGGGCCGGGGGCACCGGGGUUGGCGGAGGUGCCUCCGGGGGCGUGCGCAACUACGGCUACCGCCACAACGCGGAGGAACGCUACGACGCCUUCUGCUUCACGUCCAACCUCCCCGGGCGGGUCUUCUUCCUGAAGCCGCUGCGGCCCUUGCCCUUCUCUGGAGCAGCGCGCGCGUGCGCGGCGCGCGGAGCGGCGGUGGCCAAAGUGGGGCAGCUGUUCGCCGCGUGGAAGCUGCAACUGCUGGACCGUUGCACCGCAGGCUGGCUGGCCGACGGGAGCGCGCGCUACCCCAUCGUGAACCCGCGCGCGCGCUGCGGUGGCCUCCGGCCUGGCGUGCGCAACCUCGGUUUCCCCGAUCCCGGGCGCAGCCUCUUCGGCGUCUACUGCUACCGCGCGCCUGGCGCGCCCGACCCGGCACCUGGCGGCUGGGGCUGGGGCUGGGCGGGAGGCGGCGGCUGGGCCGGGGGCGCACGCGACCCCGCUGCCUGGACCCCGCUGCGCGUCUAGGCACGGAGGGCACGGAGAGCUGGGGGAGGGGUCCUUGGGGGCUGGCCGAGUCCUCUGUUGUCCCCUGGACACGGACCACGCCUCCUGUGGUGCCCUACUGGCUGACCAAGCUACUGUGGUCCUUGAACACUGACCACACCCCCAGAGACAAGUCUCCUGGAGUCCCUGGACACUGACCAAGCUCCCCUUUCUUGGACAGUGGAUUUCUCUUCCCCUGACUUUCUCCAGCAGACCAAGCACACUCCCUGAUGCCCCCUGGAGGCCAACAGACCCCAAGGUCUCCUGAAGACUACCCCUCCCAAGGCCACCUGGACACAGAACCAUCUCAGUGGUCACCUGGAGGCUGGACCCACGCCCUCUGCAUUUCCCUGGAGACUGAAGACUUAAUGGUCACCUGGCAACUGAACCAUCCUCCUAUCACCUGUAGAGAAACUAGAAACAGCAAAUUUGACAGGUGACCACACCCCCAUAGUCACAUGUGGGCUCCUGUCUUCUCCCCUACGGUGACCUGUUGAUUGGGUACUCCUAUCAUUGACACCUCCCCCGCAACUCCCCUGAAAUUUCUGUAGUAAGAGACCAAGUCCCCAGGUCACCGUGGACCAGAGGCGCACGCGACCCCGCUGCCUCAUCUCUCCAGUUUUAGGAGAGACCACCUUUUGUUACUGCUAAGAUAGAUUGAAAUGCCCCAGCUGGCUCGCAUGACUGGCUGCCCCACCCUCAGGUAUCUCUCUGGAAGGGCAAGUCCACCCCCACCUGACCUUUCUCCUGGCUGUCACCAAAGCAAUCACUCCCAGGACACGGGGGCCUAUAAGAUCCAUGCUGUGGAGCAAGCCACGCCACUUCCCAUUGUCUCUAAGGUGACCAGCCCUUCUUCUUGCCAGUCACACAACCCUUCCCUCGUCAGUCACACCCAUGGAGAUAGUGCCUCCAUCCUUUAGCUGUAACCAUGGAUACCAUACUUUCCCCAUCUCACCAGCCCCCAUCCUGGAGACCUACAACUCCACUUUAAUUGUCCCCACCCUGACCAACAGCCAUGGAGACCACCCUUCCCCCCACUGUCCAGAGAGUUAACCAACAUUCAGUUCUCCAGCUUUCACCAUGGAAACGUGCUGCCCUUUCCCCAGGCCCACCCCAGCUCCUUGCCACCCUCCAAGUUAAACAACUGUUGCCAUGGAGACCAAACUGGAGUCUGAGGUAACAGAACACCUGUCUCCCUAGGCUUUUCCUUGUUGGUAGGGCCCUGCCCACCAAGUUGUUACCAUAGAGACUGUUAAUGUCAUUCCCAUGACAACUAACCCCCCAGCUCUCAGGAACUUACCAUGGGCAGGAACUGUACCCUAUAGGGCUUAAUGGCUGCCCCUUCACCAGGUGGGCUCAGCCCCAGGCAGCAUCCCCAGACAGGGCUGGACUUACAGGGCUGCUGGAAACCCUCCAAUUGCACGCUAACUAUAUCCCAGACAGCAGCUGUGCACGACAUACCCUUGGGAUACCCAGGUGUUUUCAUUGCCUCUGUACAGAUGAGCAACCCGAGGCACUGGCAUGCCUUGGCCCUUUGAGCUGUGCAAGCACUGAGCUCCCCUUUUCCUCUCUCAGACCCCAUCCCCAUUCUCACCGAGCUCUUCUUUCCUUCCCUAGCCCCCCCAACCCCUAUUUUCCUCCUAGGAGAUCCAGGAGAGAUAGGUUCUUAAACCCCAAAAUCCACUCUGAGCUCCAGGUUUUAAGGGGAGAUUACUUUUUUAAAAUUUAUUGAUUUGAGAGAGAGAGAGACAUUGAUUUAUUCCACUUAUUUGUGCAUUCAUUGAUUGAUUCUUGUUUGUGCCCUGACCGGGGAUCAAACCUGCAACCUUGGUGUAUCAAUGCUGUAACCCACUGAACUACCUGGCCAGGGCUUAAGAGGAGAUUCUUAAAGAAGUCAGAACCCAGCCAAACUCCCCAGUGUAGAGAGCCACCCAGCCAUGGGAAAUCCCAAUGCCAUGGUCUUGCCUGGAGUAGCACUGGGGACCUCCUGGAGCCCCCUUUACUGUCCCAUCCAUCUUGAGGAAACCCAUCUUGGGUUGGGAACCAGGUUGGCUUGGGUUCUAAUCCUACCUGUGACCAAGUGACAAAACCCCUGAGCCUAUUUCCAUCUCUGUAUCAGGGCUGUUCUGAGGUCCCAGUGAGUGCAAAGCAUACAGAAGGGGAUGUGUAUAAUGAGAAAAAGAGGCAGCUAGUGAAUAAUUACUUCAAAAUGUUUCCCAGCGGGAGGUCCUUGGUGAUAAUUCAGUCAGAAGGUCCUCAUUCCUCAGGACCACAUCCCACUCCUCAAUCUCCUCUUCUUUCAUCCAUUCUCCCCCCCAACACACUUUUCUUUGAGCUUCCCCCUGUAGGUCUGGCACUUCUCAGUCCUGUCCUGAUUGGGUCACUGACAAACCCAGUGGCUCCUCUCAAUAUCCAGUGUGUGAAACUGGAUGGGGACUGCCUGCUCCAGGAAGGCAGAGAGGUUGCAAUUUUCCUGGGUUGGAUGGGGAGAGUGUGGGCUGAGGAGCAGUGGAAGUUUCUAAACAAAAGGAGGAGAGAAAAAAAAUGUGAUUUGGUUGUAGAAGUGAGAUGGUCGAUAUAACUGUUCAUCCUUUUAUACCAGACUUGACCAAGCUUCCAUAUGCAAACUGUUCCUCUGAUGCAGGGUCCAGCUCCUUGGUUAGAUUACCUUGGACCUUAGCAUCCUCAAACAGGGGACUGGGGUGAGGGGCAUGGAUACAGAGAUUCCUGCAUGGGAUUUCUUUCAUCCCGCCUUUUCCUGCUGGCAUACUUUCUCCCUUCCACUGUUCCAGCUCCUUGGUUUCCAGUGAGUAUGUAACCACCUCCACUCAUAAGAUAUGGAGGAGCUGACUCUACCACCUUGCAGCUCAGACCAGUGAGUGAUGUGGCCCAUCUCCCUGGGCAGCCCUGAUUGGUCCAGGGAUGGAUGCGGGCCCAUGCAGACCAAUGAGAAGUAGUCCCUGGGAUUUUUGCUGGAUGAUUGGGCGGAGGGAACCUCCCUUCUGCUGGGGUCACUGCUGUUGGAGUGGAUGUCUCCAGGGUCCAUUGGGAAGACAGCUAAGGGAUGGCAACUUGGAUGGAACCCUCCCAGGAGCCAGGUAUUCAGAAAAACCUCUCUCUCUCUCUCUCUCUCUCUCUCUCUCUCUCUCUCUCUCUCUUCCCCCCAUCCUCUACUGCCCAGUUUACUUCCCAAAGUUUCUUACCUGUCCCUCCAGAGAUGUUUUAUGUUCAGUCAAGCAAACAUACAUAUAUGUUUCUUUUCCCCACUUUUACACAAUUGGUGGCAGCAUAUACUUUCUUAUAUGGUAAAAUUUAUAUAACAUAAAAUUCACCAUUGUCAAUGUCUUAAAGCGCUCCAUUCAGUGGCAUUUUGCAUAUUUAUAAUGUUGUACAACCAUCUAGUUCCAAGACAUUUUCCUCACCCCAAAAGAAACCCCCCCUUUAAGCAACUGCUCCCCAUUCUUUCCUCCCCCCACUGCCCCGGCAAAUGCUAAUCUACCUUCUGCAUCUAUGGAUUUGCCUAUUCUUGAUAUUUCAUAUAAAUGGAAUCGUACAAUAU